AUGUUCAAUGUGCCGUGGAUAUGCUCCAGAUGUCUGUCACGGUCUCUGCGCCUGACACAGCAGAGGUCAUGGCAGCUCUGCUUUAGUUCCACAGCCUUGUCUCCGGAAGUAUCGAUAUCUCCCGUCCUCCUUAGCAGGGCGCGAUCAAUUGCCGAUGAGCAUGCAUCCCUCACUUCAAAACUGGCCGAGAGCUUUAAUCCCAAAACCGCAAAACGUGUCGGAGAACUAGCCACCACGGCCACCGCAUUAAAAGAAUGGGACAAGGCACAUGAAUCUAUCUCAGAACUUAACGCCCUCCUCGAAGACUCAUCCACAGACUCUGAACUCCGCUCCCUCGCCCUCGAAGAUCUCCAAACAACAAUGGCCUCCCUCUCCGUUCUCUCUGAAAACCUCAAACAAGCCCUCAUCCCCCGCCACCCAUUCGCAGACUUGCCCUGUCUCCUUGAACUCCGCCCUGGUGCCGGCGGUGACGAAGCCGGCAUCUUCGCCAACGAACUUCUACGCAUGUAUACAAUGUUCUGUGCCAAUCGUGGCCUGCGGGCCACACUGCUGAAGAAAGAGAGUGAAAACGCCGGCGCGAGUGGCGGGUCAGAAGACCGGCUGGCGGAAGCUGUUAUGGAAAUAGAGACACCGGGCAGCUAUGAGACUCUUCGCACGGAGGCGGGUGUGCAUCGCGUGCAGAGGGUACCUGCAACGGAGAGUAAAGGGAGGACACAUACCAGUGCUGUCAGCGUGGUGAUUCUACCCUCUUUCCCUAGAAAUGGAGAGGAAGGGGACGGCGAGCUUAAUUUUGAUGAUCCAAAUUCCGACUUCUAUAUUGACCCGCAAGAGGUGAAUGUAGAGAAGAUGCGCGCGAGCGGUGCUGGUGGACAACACGUUAAUAAGACUGAGUCUGCCAUACGGUUAACCCAUAUACCCACUGGUAUUGUGGUAGGGAUGCAAGAUUCGCGGUCGCAGCAUGAGAAUCGGCGCAAGGCGUGGCAAUUGCUCAGGGCUAGGAUUGCCCAGCGGCGACGCGAGGCGAGAGAAGAGGAGAUGGUCAAGCUGCGUCGGGGCGCUAUGGGUGGUGUGGGGAAGAUGGGCAGGGGUGAUAAGAUCCGCACGUACAAUUUUGGGCAGAAUCGAUGUACGGAUCAUCGGAGUGGGUUGACGCUGCACAACCUGGUGAAUAUCAUGGAGGGAGGUGAGGGUUUAGAGAGGAUUAUGGCUAGUGUGAGGGGCUGGCUUGUGGAUCAGGAGGUUGGUAACGUGUUUGCGGAUGAGCAGAUGAAGCUGGCGCGGGAGACGCAUAAAGCGAAGGAGAAUUCCUGA